UACAAAAAUGUUCUAAGACACGAUGUUUGACAAGUCUACUUGUGUGGUUGUUGUUCCUGAACUCACAAGGGGUCUCGCUGUGUCUCACUUCCAUAUGGGGUCGGUUAGGCUUCCUCGUUUUAAUUAAUAUUGGACAGAUACUGAAAAAUAUCACAGAUAAUUCUGAGUAUAGGCGGCUAUUAAUUGUUUCCAGUCACUCAAUGUUAUGUAUCCUAUUUGAUAUUGAUUUUGUCGGUCAAUUAAUGAACCCAAAGAUGGAGUCCAGGAAUUGCAUGUUUAACGCAGUAGUAGUAAUCACAUGGUGUUUUAUGCUGAAAGUUGGAGCAUUAGACCCAGGAAUCAAUAUGCUAAGCCAAGGUUGCAGCAGUUAUAAUGUUAGCAGCGUGUCGAAUUUCAACAGCAACCUGAACAUAACCUUCGGGUUAGUCAGGACUGACUUGAUGAACAACAGCAAAAAAUUUGUAACCGAGCAGAGUUUGAGUGGUCCAGACUCAGUUUAUGCCAUGUUUCAGUGCAGAGAUUAUAUGUCUGCAGCUGAUUGCAUUGCUUGUUUUUCUGCUGCUUCGACGCAGAUUCGCAACUGCUCUGUGGCCAAUGGUGCUCGUGUUGUCUAUGAUGGAUGUUUCCUCAGGUAUGAGAGGAGCGAAUUCUACGGGGAGACUACUCGGGAUGCCAAUCGCGAGUAUUGCGGGAAUCAAACUACAUCAUCACCAGAUACUACUUUUAACACAACUGUGGCAGGCCUAUUAGGCGAUCUUCAAGUGGCGACACCAAGGAUAGAUGGUUUCUUUGCUGCUAGCAAGAGGGAAGUGGCAGGUUCAAAUGUAUCGGUGUAUGGCAUUGCACAAUGUGUGCAAACUAUUGAUUCGGCUGGUUGCCAAGCUUGUAUGGAAGUUGCCUAUAAAAACAUACAGAGGUGUCCUCCAAAUGCGGAUGGUAGGGCACUUGAUUCAGGAUGUUUUAUGAGAUACUCGGACAAACCCUUCUUUGCUGAUAACCAGACUAUCGAUCUCCUGCCUUUCUUGAAAACUAAAAGUUCAUCAAGCUCCAAAAAAGGCGCGAUUAUCGGGGGUGCAGCUGGAGGGGCAGCCCUUGUUUUGCUUAUUGUUGGAUUGUUUGUUUGGUUUAAACUAUCUAAGAAGCGGAAGGCAGCUCCUAGAGGUAAUAUAUUAGAUGCAACCGAGCUGCGAGGCGCCACCAUAUACAGUUACAAGGACUUGAAAUCGGCAACAAAAAAUUUUAAAGAAGAAAACAAGCUAGGAGAAGGAGGUUUUGGUGAUGUAUACAAGGGUACUUUGAAGAAUGGGAAAGUAGUUGCAGUAAAGAAACUAGCUCUAGGCCAGUCCAACAGGGUCAAAGCAGAUUUUGCAAGUGAAGUCACACUGAUAAGCAAUGUUCAUCACCGGAAUCUUAUCCGUCUACUCGGCUGUUGUAGCAAAGGACCAGAGCUACUUCUUGUAUAUGAAUACAUGGCAAACAGCAGCCUUGAUAGAUUCUUAUUUGGUGAAAAACGAGGAUCCCUCAGAUGGAAGCAACGAUUUGAUAUAAUCCUCGGCACAGCUCAAGGGCUCGCCUAUCUGCACGAGCAAUUCCAUGUGUGCAUCAUUCAUAGAGAUAUAAAAUCCAGCAACAUUCUCCUGGAUGGCGAUUUCCAACCCAAGAUAGCAGAUUUUGGGUUGGCAAGGCUUCUACCUGAAAAUCAGAGCCACCUUAGCACAAAAUUUGCCGGAACAUUGGGAUACACAGCGCCUGAGUACGCUCUCCACGGACAGUUAUCGGAAAAAGUUGACGCAUACAGCUUUGGUAUCGUUGUCCUUGAAAUCGUAAGUGGCAAGAAGAGCAGUGAGAUGAUAGCUGAUCCUGGUGCUGAAUACCUCCUCAAAAAGGCAUGGAAGCUAUAUGAGGAUGACAAGCACAUUGAAUUGGUGGAUGAAAGCUUAGAUCCCAGUGAGUAUGAAGCGGAGCAUGCAAAGAAAAUCAUAGAGAUUGCCUUAAUGUGCACCCAAUCAUCACCAACUUCAAGGCCAUCAAUGUCCGAGGUAGUUGUUUUGUUCAAAAGUAGGGGUUCACUGGAGCACACGCAACCAACUAGACCUCCCUUUGUUGAAUCUGUUGAAAGGUUCCAUGGAGACAAGUCAACUUCUACUGCCUCCUCCUCAUCCAAUGCCACUGCUUCUUUCUCUGUGUUGUCUGCACGUUGACCCAUUGAUUCAUAAAAUGUGACCCGCAACUUGAAGCAGAAACUCUUUGGUUUCUUUAAUUAUUCUUGUAUUUUAUUUUUUAGCUUAAAAAUCUUAUUUUAUUUUUAUAUUCAGCUUUACUUGGACAUUCUUGCUUUUCUUUAAUAAAACUGUUAUUCUUCUC